UCACUACAGAAAAGUAUGUUAUGAGAUCAGAGGUCAGAAUGCUUUCGUUUCUGCCAAAGAGAAACUGAGAGGAGAAAUGGCGCAGAAAGGAGUUCAGCUGGACCGAGAAACUAUUUCUUGUUCCAUCUGUUUGGAUCUACUGAAGGAUCCAGUGACUACAACCUGUGGACACAGCUACUGCAUGAACUGUAUUAAAAGUUUCUGGGAUGAAGAGGACAGGAAGGGAAUCCACAGCUGCCCUCAGUGCAGGAAGACUUUCACACCGAGGCCUGUCCUGGAGAAAAACAUCAUGUUAGCAGCUUUAGUGGAGCAGCUGAAGAAGACUGGACUCCAAGCUGCUCCAGCUGAUCACUGCUAUGCUGGACCUGAAGAUGUGGCCUGUGAUGUCUGCACUGGGAGGAAGCUGAAAGCCAUCAAGUCCUGUUUAGUCUGUCUGGCCUCUUACUGUGAGAAACACCUCCAACCUCACUAUGAUGCAGCUCCAUUAAAGAAACACAAGCUGGUGGCCCCCUCCAAGAAGCUCCAGGAGAACAUCUGCUCUCGUCAUGAUGAGGUGAUGAAGAUUUUCUGUCGUACUGAUCAGCAGAGUAUCUGUUAUCUCUGCUUGAUGGAUGAACAUAAAAGCCAUGAAACAGUCCCAGCUGCAGCAGAAAGGACUGAGAAGCAGAAGGAGCUCGAGGUGAGACGACUAAACAUCCAGCAGAGAAUCCAGGAGCGAGAGAAAGAUGUGAAGCUGCUUCAACAGGAGGUGGAGGCCAUCAAUGGCUCUGCUGAUAAAGCAGUGGAGGACAGUGAGAAGAUGUUCACUGAGCUGAUCCGUCUCAUCCAGAAAAGAAGCUCUGAUGUGAAGCAGCAGGUCAGAUCCCAGCAGGAAACUGAAGUGAGUCGAGUCAAAGAGCUUCAGGAGAAGCUGGAGCAGGAGAUCGCUGAGCUGAAGAGGAAAGACGGCGAGCUGGAGCAGCUCUCACACACAGAGGAUCACAACCAGUUUCUACACAACUACCCCUCACUGUCAGCACUCAGUGAGUCUACACACUCAUCCAGCAUCAAUAUUCGUCCUCUGAGGUACUUUGAGGAUGUGACAGCAGCUGUGUCAGAGACCAGAGAUAAACUACAGGACAUUUUAAGAGAGGAAUGGACAAACAUCUCACUGACAGUCACUGAAGUGGAUGUUUUACUGUCACCACCAGAGCCAAAGACCAGAGCUGGAUUCUUAAAAUAUUCACGUGAAAUCACACUGGAUCCAAACACAGCAAAUAUGCAUCUGGUAUUAUCUGAGGGGAACAGAAAAGCAACAUUUAGGUUACAACAACAGUCUUAUUCUGAUCAUCCAGACAGAUUCACUGAAUGGUAUCAGGUCCUGAGUAGAGAGAGUCUGACUGGACGUUGUUACUGGGAGGUGGAGUGGAGAGGGAGAGGAGUUUAUGUAGCCAUUGCAUACAAGAAUAUCAGCAGAGCAGGGAGGAACAAUGAAUGUAUAUUUGGAUACAAUGACAAAUCUUGGACAUUACGUUGUGACACAAACAGUUUUCAAUUUUGGCACAACAAAGUCCAAACUGUCCUCUCAGGUCCUCGGUCCUCCAGAGUAGGAGUGUACCUGGAUCACAGAGCAGGUAUUCUGUCUUUCUACAGCGUCUCUGAAACCAUGACUCUCCUCCACAGAGUCCAGACCACAUUCACUCAGCCGCUCUAUGCUGGAGUUGGUUUUAAUGCAGCUGGUCUUUUGGUGGUUAAAACUGCAACUGCAGAGUUGAUUAAAGUCAAAUAGACCUUUGAGCUUCCAGUUUUUGUUCUUGUCUCUCUUUGCUGUUGAGAGCUCACUGUUGUGCUGUUUCUUCUCUGCACAGAGAUCACUUUAUGGCUGCAAGUUUCACAUCUUCUGAUUGAUUGUCUGUAGUUACCUGUAAAUUUACCUGAAACUGUAUUCAAAUCAAUGCAACACUUUUUCUCUGUUGAGUCUUUGUGAACAGAUCAGAGUGACAUGUGAGAAAUUUAUUUCAAAACAGUUUCCACUGGACCCCAAAGUAAGUAAAGGAAGUAAUGAUCAUAAACAUAAUCAAGCAAUAAUUCAACAGUUUUAGGGCCUCAAGUUUUUUCAUUGCUUAUUAAACAACAAUAACACUGGAACUUAUUUAUUUUUAUUUCUUAAAGAUUUGGAUUUUAUUCGGGGCCAGUCUUAUGUAGUUUAAAUAGAAGAAACUACAUAUUAUGUAGUUUGUUAUAUUUUCUGAAUUGACAGGAUUUCUCUUCCUUUCUGUUGUUUAUUUACUUCCUUUACAGAGAAGAAAAUAUUGUUUUAAUACAAGAAAACCGGCACAAAAAGUAGUUCAUGUCUCUCAGUCAGUCCAGUGUGUGAUGUGUUAAGGUAAAAUAUAUAUACUCUUAGUGAUUAUUUUCUGUUUAUAUUGUUUAAGGUAGGUCAGCAGAUUAGAGAUGCUACUUCUCAGUUAUAAAGUGGGGGAAAGGUCACAAAUACUGAGCAACACAGGAAACUGUUUAGAAUGAGACGUUUUGUGCAGAGCUGCAGGGUGCAGGAUGUAGACAGGAAGUGAAACUAGGCAGAGUGCGCUUCAGAGUUGUUUUGAUCGAAACUAUAUAAGACGUGGCAGCAAGGCUGAAGAUGUUUUUUUGCAGCUAUAGGGCAGACAUGUAGUAUUGAAAUAUAUCAAGUGACGGUUUAGUAAGGGAGGAGCGAGCAGAAUUAUAACAUAGGGAGAUGCUUGUAAUGCUUCUGAUCUGCACAGGAUUAGCCUCAGGCACAUCCCUUUCUGGAAAGUAAUGAUUGAAUAAAAUAAUUUUAAAGUUUUGACUACUGAGUCGGGUUUUUCUCUGUCAGUAAAAGAAUAUAAAAGAACCCGAUUUUAUAGAUGUCUCGUGAACUCAGUAAGAUCGAUGGGAGUUUGUGGCAGAAAUUAACUGAUAGAUUAAAUGUUGUGAAUAAUUCUCAAACUGCUUUGACGCUGUGUUGAUGAGAGUAAAUCUAAGUUUCAUAGUCUUUUAAAAUCAAUAAAAUGAUGAAUUCAGCAGCACGGUGGCACGGUGGUUAGCACUGUUGCCGCACAGCAAGAAGGUCCUGAGUUCAAUUCCACCAUCAGGCCGGGGUCUUUCUGUGUGGAGU